AAACAUCGGGUUCGACAUUUAAUCUUCGCUGUCACAUCUUGCGAAUAAUCUCUGCCUUAGACAUAUGUCUUCUUCAAGGAAGAAACUCGUGCUCGUUGCGCUCGGAGGACUGGCUGGCGUUACUGGAGCAUGGACAUACUUUCGCCAGCGAGAUGAUACGGAUCGACAUCCACGGAAAAAGAAAGUAGAAGAUAUCGAUUUAAGUUUAAAGCAAGUUCAGGUUAUCUUCCGGCAUGGAGCUAGAACGCCUUUGCAUCUUAUUCCUGGAAUUGAGGAGGCAACCUAUGAUAAAAAGAAAUGGAAGAAACCUUUCCCUCCUACAGUGUAUGAUUAUGAAGUGUUAAAUAUUGACGGGAAAGAGGCGCCUGACUCAAAGUAUGAAGAAUACUAUAAGAAACUAGGAUUACUUAAGGGUGGUUGCCCACAUGGGAUGUUAACAUAUCUAGGUCAGGUACAGACCUAUAACCUGGGAAGGAGACUGAGGAAAUGCUACAUGGGGAAACUUCCAGGGAGGCUGAUGUCAGAGUUUGACCCUGACCUAGUUUAUUUAAGGACAACAAACAUGAACCGUACAAAAGAUUCACUACGCUGUGUUCUGGCUGGGAUAUUUGGUGCUGAGCAACUUCAGGAGUAUAGUGAGAAAAAUGGUAAGAAGGUUACAUUUUACACCUCCGAACAGGAAGAUGAACACCUCUUUCCCAAUCCCCACACCUGCCCGGUUCUCAAGCGUAUCAACAGGGCCGCCAUUGUGGACGGGGUGGACUUACCCGAGUUCUUGGAGGAAAGACUUGAAAUAGAGAAAGUGUUAGGAUUAAAGGGAAAUGACUGGAAGCACAAAAUACACUUUAUAUCUGCCAGAGAUGAUCUAGUGGCCAGAUCGGCUCAUGGGCUCCCUAUACCCAAGGUUUUAGUGCCAUACGUGACUAAAAUAACUGAAAAUGCAGUGCAAUUGUUUACUUACUCCUUUAUAGGACAGCAUGAGCUGCAGAAUGACAUAGCUUCAAAUUUGUCCAGCGGUAGAAUGCUAGAACAGUUUAGGAAUGCUAUACGAGAUUUUGUUAUUGAAAAAAGGCCAGUACGAUUAUUCCUUUAUUCUGCCCAUGACUCAUCUCUGAUGGCCUUACUCCUUGCCUUGAAGCUAGAUGACAAACAUUGGCCGCCGUUCGCUUCAGAUCUGCUCUUUGAACUCCACCAGUGCAAUAACUCGAAAGAAUAUUAUGUCAUUGUAAGAUAUAAUGGAGAAGCAGUAGUCCUUCCUAAGCUAAAGAAGAGAUAUGUUGAAAUUGGACAGGAGUCUGCCGUCCCGUUGAAAUACUUCAUGAGAUAUUUAAAUGAAGAAAAAGUCAUGGAGGCUAGAGAAUACAGAAAAGUCUGUGAAUCUAACAUCCUAGAUAUCAUAGCAGAAGAAAUAGAAAAACGAGAGGGUCUAAAAAUAGAAGACACAGAGGCUGAAGAGAUGACAGACAGACCAGCCGGAAUGUAAAACGGUGUCAUAUUUAUAGACAAGGGGGUGUUUUCAGUCAAAUAGUCGGUGAAUGUUGUCGAAAACUUAUCUGCUAGUCUGCAACAUGAAGAAAAAAUACAAGCUUUGAGAAUGCUUUAAAUCUGUGUUUAUAAUCCUAUGGUAAUGUUGAGUACAAAUCAGGACUUUUACAAAAAUAUUUAUAUAUCAGUGGUAACUUUUUUCUGUUUAUUUUAAGAGAUAUUUCUAUGCAAUUCAGUUUUUUUGCUGAACAUUAACUUUAAAUGUACAGAAGAAGCCUGGAAUAUUGUCACAUGAAUUAAAGCAACUUGAAAUUGUUUUUUACUGAUUUGUCGGGUACUUAUGUCAAUUUUAAAAUAAAAAUUAGUAAAUGACA